CUAAGACUAAACUGUAACACAGUUUUGGUGGUCGUUCGAGAAAUCAAAAAUGUUGAGCCAAGACCCCUCGCUCGCUAAAACCCUAAACCCUUCUCUCUUUCGCUUCACUCCAUUUCCCAACCCUCUCCGCAAAACUCUAACACUUCAACCCAUCAGCACCGCUCCUAAACGCCUCUGCAUCAAAGCAUUCUCCCAAUUCCCUCAAAAUUCCGACCCCAAUUUCACAUUUUCCCACCAAAUUCCCCAACUCCGGCGGGACAUCCGCUCGUUAGCCGGCCGUAGCAAGAAGAAGCCCGGAGGUGGACCGUCCCCGGGCCGAAUCGAAGGUAACGCGGAGUUUCGCAAGGAGGUGAAGCAAAAUGCUCGCCGGAAAAGCAAGAAGCUUGCGGAGUCCAUGUUCUACCGACUCAAGAACCCUAGCCGGAAGUACGCUGAUAACUUCACCGACGACGAGCUCCAGCAAAUCGGGCUUGGGUACGACCGCAUGGUCCGGUUCAUGGAGAAAGACGACCCCAAUUUGCGCCACCCCCAUGAUUGGUACAAGUACGGCGAAUUUGGGCCUUACUCAUGGCGUGGAGUGGUCGUCGGUGAACCGGUUCGGGGGAGGUUCACCGACGAGAGGGUAACGAUGAUUGGUGAAGUUAAGGACCAGGAAGAGUGGGAAAAGAUUGAGCAAUUUGAGAUGGGUCAAGAUUUUGGGAAGAGAUUGACACAGUUGGACAGGAGCAAAGGGUUUAAGUACUUUUGGGUGUUUGUGAGGCACCCAAGGUGGAGACUUUCAGAUUUUCCGUGGCAGCAGUGGACUUUGGUCUGUGAGGUGGUUGUGGAAGGUGAUAAACAGAGGUUGGAUAAGUGGAACUUGAUGGGUAGGCUUGGGAACUUGACUAGGUCCAUGAUAACAAAAUGUGCAGCUUGGAUGAGACCAGAUAUAAUAUACGUGAAGAGGCCGGUUUAUCAGUGUAGGUUUGAGCCUCAGGGUGAUUUUUUCCGGGUGUUGGCGCCUUUUCUUGAUCCGAAAACAGAGGAGGAUUACUUAUUUGAGUUGGAGAGAGAUGAUGGGAGUGUUGAAAUGUGCACUUAUUUUGGUGGGUUGUGUAAGAUUGUGAAGGUGAAUCAGAAGGCGUUUGUGGAUGAUGUGGUGAAGGGUUAUGAGAAGUUGAGUGAUGAAGAGAAGUCUAGGUGUUUGGGGUUUUUGCUGAAGAAUCAUCCGGUUCAGUUGUUGCAUCCCUAUACGAAGGAGUGGAAGGCUAAGUUGGAGGAGUGGGAGUUGGGUUGUGAUGCUCCGGAUGAUGAUGAUGAUGAUGUCCGCAGUAUCAAUGUGGCUGAGAAGGAGUAUACGGAUUGGAUUGAGGUUGAUGAGGAUAAUAAUGAGGAAGAAGAUGUUGUUAUGGAAAUGGAAGAUGGCGGAGAGAAUGAAUUUGGGGAUGAUAAUGAGAACAGCAAUGAUGACGAGGAGGAAGAUGAUGGAGACGAUGAAUUGGGAGUUGAAGAAGAAGAGUUAGGUGAAGAAGAGGAUGAGAAAUAUUGGGAGGAGGAGUUUCAAAAGGCGGUGAGUAGCUCUGAUGCAAUGGAAAAGCUAGCAAAACGGAGUGUAGAGGUAAAUACUGAGUACUAUAAGAAGCAACUGAGAGCAAUGGAAAGGAACAAAUAUGGAAACUUGGAAGAUGAUGGUGAUGAAACCGCCUUGAGGAGAAAACGACCGACUGUGAGCCCCGAAGAAUGGAAGAUGGCUGGGUAUGGUCCAUGGAGGAAAAGGAUUAAAAAGAGUAAAAUUCCUCCGCAACUGUUCUUGCGAGCAGCAGUUAGACCAUUCAAUUACAGAAAUCUUGUGAAGGAGAUUGUUUUGACUAGGCAUGCAAUUCUGGAUGGUGACUUCGGUGCAAAGACUUGAAACAAUAUCAUUUCAUGCCUCUUGUUUGGAUCACUGUAUCGGCUAGUUUAGAAAAUUACAGAGAGCAUAUGUAUGUUAUGAAUUGAUGAUGCCUCUUGUUGUAUGAAGUUGAAGUUGAGUGCAAGAGAGUUUUGGCAUGGUAGUUUUGAAUCAACUUUUGUUGAGCUGCAA